GGAAGUGGCUCCAGAGGGGCGGCGGAGUGAAGGAGGCGGGAGUCGCGGCGGUUGUCCAGGGAGACUCGAAGGAGGGGAACGGAAGAAGCCCGGCGGCCGGGUUUAGACUGAACCUUUUUCCGUCCAGAAUCUGAAAAGAGAUGGGGAACACAAGCAGCGAGCGGGCCGGCGUGGAGCGCCAGGGAGGCCACAAGACUUCCAGGAGAGACAGCUCUGGGGGAACGAAAGACGGAGACCGGCCAAAGAUCUUGAUGGACAGCCCCGAGGAUGCGGACUUGUUUCACUCUGAAGAAAUGAAGGCCUCCAUGGAGAAAGAUGAAUUCUUGGCCUGGCAGCACGAUGAGGAAGUGAAAGAUAAAGCCCCCACUCAGGCCCGUCCAACCGUCUUUCGCUGGACAGGAGGCGGCAAAGAAGUCUAUUUAUCAGGCUCUUUCAAUAACUGGAGCAAACUUCCUCUGACACGGAGCCAGAAUAAUUUUGUAGCAAUUCUUGAUCUCCCUGAAGGUGAACACCAGUACAAAUUCUACGUGGAUGGCCAGUGGACACAUGAUCCUUCAGAGCCUGUUGUGACCAGCCAGAUGGGGACUGUCAACAACAUUAUUAAUGUGAAAAAGACAGACUUUGAAGUUUUUGACGCGUUGAUGGUGGACUCCCAAAAGUGCUCUGACGUGUCGGAGCUCUCGAGUUCCCCGCCUGGGCCCUACCACCAGGAGCCCUAUAUCUGUAAGCCGGAGGAGCGGUUCAAGUCUCCCCCCAUUCUCCCCCCACACCUGCUGCAGGUGAUCUUAAACAAAGACACUGGGAUUUCGUGCGAUCCAGCUCUGCUUCCUGAACCCAAUCAUGUCAUGCUGAACCAUCUCUAUGCACUCUCCAUCAAGGAUGGGGUGAUGGUGCUCAGCGCUACCCAUCGUUACAAGAAGAAGUACGUGACCACCUUGCUGUAUAAGCCCAUAUGAACGGUGACGGGACACCGACAGUGUUGAUGGAGCAGUGGAGAGAACAAAGCCAAAGUCUGCCCUGGGGAACAAUAGAAGAUUUGCUGUGAAAUCAUUCCUUAGUUUCUUUAAAAGAGCCCAAGUUUCUUUUAACGGUUGCCUCGCUCGCUUGCUCUUUCUGUCCUCCCGUGAACAUCUCUGGAGACCAUCACGCAGAGAUACUUCUGGUAGCAAUGAAAUGUGUGACGUUCAGACUGCCCUGGAAUUCCUUGGGGCUAACAAGGGAAAAAAAACAACCCAAAAAGGACCUUUACACUUGGCGAGUCUCCCGUUCAAGCAAAAUACAAAAAUUACACCUAGAAGAGGCCUGUGAACUGAUGGUAACGGGUGCUCUGUCCUCUGACUCGUUACAUUAUUUCCUGCAUUCUGAUGGUCAUAAGGAGAGGAGUAAACAAAUAUGCAGUGGCUUUUAUUGCUGCUGCCUUCCUCAGCAACAGUGGCCUUUUUAAGCCAUGUGUUAAGUCAACAGUUUGAAGCCUGUCCAAGUCAACCAGGUUUUCUCUCCUUCUGGAGAGAGUUGUGGAGCAGCCUUUCCAUCUUGCAGUUCAUUGUAAGUGGGUGGCUAGAUUUAGGGCAGUGGGGUUUAACUGAUUCGUAGCAGAACAUGAACGAAGCUGGAACAAGUCUGCAGCCAAAACCCUGGGGUCCUACCAGCCCCAUCAAUGGUUGUUACCCUUUUCAGAAAAGCUGGAUAUCCCCAAACCUCCUCCUGCCUUUCCCAAAGACCGCAAGCGCCAAGGGCUGGAUGCUUCCCCUCCGAGGCGGAGGCUUCAACCCAGCCUUUGGGAGCAGGCUCUCCAAGGGAUCAAUCCAGAAUUCCAUAGGGAGGGAGGCCAUUGAACGGGUCAGUGCACUGAAUAUGUAAGGAGCCAGCUUGUGCCUUUCCCUCUUUUCUUUUCCUGUAUGGUUUUGCACCUCUUCUGUUUCCUUAAAAGUCCACGGAAUCCUUCAGGCAGCUCCUUCGUUUGAGCUCCAAGGGAGUGUGGCUGCACCCUUGCCAGCUCACUGCCGAAAAGGGUAUUUCAUGUCCACUUUGACUGUUAUGUCACUGGUCUUGUUUUUUGUUAUUGAAAAUAAAUAAAUGAAGUGAAUGAUACG